AUGGUGCAGAGUAGAAGGCAUGGGGGUACAUGGGUUUGGAGACCAACUUACCUCGCUAGAGUCGGCUUGCCUCGAGUCGAAUCCUCAUUUCCUCUGUUCCUCAGCCUAAACUCUCUCGGCCCCGACUUUUUCCUCAUCUCUCAGUUGAAUCCUCGCCACCACCGGACGCCGCCAAUCAAUUCCGGCGACACAAAGACGGGAACUCAGGAAGACAGGAACUCACAGCAGCUUUCCAUCUCUCUUUCCAUCGGUAAGAGAUUGAAGAAGAGUCGGCUUCAGAGAUUGAAGAAUUCCAGAUUAGCUUGGAAGAGACUUACAGAUUUGGGGCAAAGAUCUACCCUGGCAGAGGCAUCAAAUUUAUCUGGUUCGACUCUCAGAGAUGAAGGUGAUGGUUGCAUAUUUGCUCGCUGUGUUGGGUGGCAAGACCAGCUCUCUUGCUGGGGGUUAAUUGAAUGGAGCAGAGAUUGGUUAUUUGCAGUUCAGAUAAAACGAAACCCACUACAUCAUCACCUCUGGAUCUCUCUAUUUCGUUUUCUGGUCAAUUCGUUUAUGGCUGUACUAAAAUCAACAGAAGAUAAUGACCAAGUCCAAGAAUUUCCUCAACAAUCUCAUCAAAACCUUCGAGUUCAGCUAAAGCAAAGGAACAGGUUCUCCAGUUUACAAGGAGCUUUGGCAGAGAUUACAAGCAUCAGUUUUGAGACAGAAGAGGGAUGCUCUUUUUUGUUUUUGUUUUUCACGUCUUUUGCUUGUGUGGGUGGUUAUUGGUUAAUGGGUUGCUCUUUUAUUUUAUUUGUUAUAUGGAAAAGGCUCCAAUGGCCUUGAUUCCUAAUUUCCUAGUUUCCGGAGUAAUUUUUGUAAGUAGAUGGACUUGAAUCUCUCGAGUCUACACCAAUGUGUUUGAUGCAUAGUUUUAUUUUUUGGUGAGGAAGGGCCUAAAAGGCUAGCAAAAAGAGAGAGAAUGAACUAUAAAAAAGACCUGGAAAAAAAAAAACACAAUUAUUAAAUUAUUUUUAUUUUAAGAAAGUAGAAGUUCGUAAAAAUCUGUUU